AAAAAGAAGAGAAAAACAGGCGUCCCCUCUUCUUCUUCUUCUUCCUCGCGUUCGGAGGCAUAUAAUGUUUACGAAUGAACGGAGGCAAGAAGAGCGAACUGGAAGAUCUGGAACUCCAAGGCUGCAAUACCUUCAGGAAUUGGUUUCUCAAUUUCAGAAUACAACAGAUGAUGAAGAGACAAAAGAGAAAAUUGUUGCUAAUUUAGCCAACUUUGCUUAUGAUCCUUACAACUAUGCCUUCUUGCGGCAGCUCAACGUGUUGGAACUCUUUGUGGACUGCAUAACAGAACCGAAUGAGAAGCUGGUGGAAUUUGGUUUAGGAGGAAUUUGCAAUUGCUGCGCCGAUCCGGCAAAUGCCGUAGUUAUCACUCAGUGUGGUGGGAUCCCUCUUGUUAUUCAAUGUUUAUCAAGCCCAGUUAGAAACACUGUGAAUUAUGCAAUUGGAUCACUUUAUUAUCUAUGCAACGCAUCUAACAAGGGGGAGAUUAUGAAGCCAGAGGUGGUUGAUGUCAUGAAGAGAUAUGCUGCAGCUAAAGAAGUGAGUGUCAGUUUCAGUAAUCUAGCCAAGGCAUUUUUGGACAAACAUGUUUCUGAAACUGCUUAGAGAGAAAGUAGCUCUUGUUUUAUGAUGCAUCCGGAUUUUUGGUCUUUGUAAGCACUUCUGUUUCCUCCAGAAAAUUUUGUUCAACAUAUGGUUCCGCAUGGUUGUUUUGCCAGCACCUUUAUACCAAAAAUUCUGCUA